AUGACCUCUUCGGCUGAGGAGCUUUUUUCGAAGGUUGGCGUACGCGUCCCCUAUACGUUGUUGCCUGCUGAAAAAGUAGACAAGACGAAAUGGACGGUUAUUGCUUGUGAUCAGUAUACCAGUGAGCCUGACUACUGGGAGCGUGUGGAACAGUUUGUGGGUAGCGAGCCUAGCACUCUGCGUUUGAUGUUCCCUGAGGUCUAUCUCGAGAAAGGCCACGAUGAGGAGAUACUGAAGAGCAUCUCUGACCAUAUGGCCAAGUACACGGCGGAAGGUGUGCUGGUGAAGCCUGAGAAGGCUGGUAUGGUUGUUCUCCAACGAACGACCAAGACUGGGGCUAAGCGCAUUGGUUUGGUCACUGCUGUGGAUUUGGAGAUGUAUGAUUAUUCUGUCGGAAGUCAGAGCAAGAUCCGUCCUACGGAGGCCACCAUCGAGUCGAGGAUUCCCCCGCGUUUGAAUGUGCGUCGAAACGCUCCUGUGGAGCUGCCGCAUAUUAUGGUCCUCAUCGAUGAUCCGGAAAAGACCGUCUUGGAGCCACUUUUCGCUAAGAGGGACGAGCUGAAGCAGGUGUAUGACUUUGACCUUAUGGAGAAUGGUGGCCAUCUGUCUGGCUGGUGGGUUGACGGCGAGAGCUCUCAAAGUGCUGAAGUGGCCAAGGCCCUCAAUGUCAUUGCUGAGCCUGAGCGCUUCCACAAGCUGUAUGAUGCUUCUGCUGAUAAGAAGCCGCUCAUCUUCGCAGUUGGUGAUGGAAAUCACUCCUUGGCUACUGCUAGGGCCUACUGGCAGGAGGUCAAGGCGACGCUGAGUGACCCUGAGGAGAUCGCUACGCAUCCUGCGAGGUUCGCCUUGGUUGAGAUUGAGAACAUCCAUGAUGAUGGCCUGGCGUUUGAGGCUAUUCAUAGGCUUAUAUUCGACGCUAACGGUGGUAGUAGGAAGUUCAUCACGGAGAUGACAGAGUUUUUAGAGAAGGAGGGUUGUGGUCCAGUCACUGUGAGCGAGACUGAGGAGGACUUUAAAAAAGCAGUGAAGGGCGAGGUGGCUGGUCAUAGCUUUGGGUACAUGGUAGACGGUGUGAAGGGUGGUGUUUUUGUUGCCAACCCGAAGAAGGUCUUGGAUGUUGCUACUGUUAUGGACUUUGUGGAUCCUUAUAUGAAGAGUAAUGAAGCUAAAGGAACUAAGAUUGAUUAUGUUCAUGGUUUGACAGCUAUUGAAAGGUACUGCACUGCUGGUACGCCCAACGUUGGUAUUGUGCUUCCUGAUAUGCACAAGUCGGAUCUCUUCAAGACUGUUGUGCACGAUGGUGCUCUUCCUCGGAAGACCUUCAGCAUGGGCGAGGCCGACGAGAAGCGUUUUUACUACGAAUGCAGGAGGAUCCAAAAGGACUAA